GCAGCAAUGCCGAACUUUCUGUCCAUCUGAUCCAUGACUUAACGACAAUGGCUGAUUUGCUUCAGCGGUUUACCAAGAAUAGAUAUUCAGAAAAUCCCAGCUAUAUCUACCAAGCAUCUCUUACACACCCUACAGGGAGCAAAAUACGGUAUGUCUGCAAAAUUCCGCUGUUACUAACGGAAAAGUCAGUCAGAAUAGGUGUACCGCCAGACGCAAUAAGACUUGUACACGUGCAGUCGUUAGACAUAGAGGUCCAUCCGCAAGGCUGUCCUCUUGGAAAAUAUGGCUUACGCUGCGAUAAAAACUGCACCUGUCAGAACGGCGCCCGGUGUCAUGGGUUUAACGGGGCGUGUAAAUGUCAACACGGCUGGCAAGGUGUAGCCUGUGACAUUCCUAAACCUGACAUCGCCGCAACAACGACACCUAGCGAUUCAGCGGCCAUUUACAUUUCCAUUAACGUGACGAUUCACUGUCGUGUGUACCACAUUGAUGUCAAAACAUUGUCGUUGUGGUUUCCAAAUACAUCUAAGAUCAUGAGUGAAGGUGUGAAUGAAUUAGACAUAAUUGUUUUCAACGCACAGUUACAAGACAGAGAACGUUUUACAUGUGAGGCUAGAGGAAAAGAUGGAAAAGAGGUCAAUGCAACAAUUGUAUUAAACUUAAACUGUCCACCAAAUAGCAAAGGCAAACUCUGUGAUGAAGUGUGUGAUUGCCUACAUGGUUCAAGUUGUGACCGGUGGGCUGGUUGUGUGUGUCCGCCGGGAUGGACGGGAACCAGGUGUCAGACACAAUGCCCGGAAGCACGUACGGUAGAGACUGUGCAAAGACCUGUGGCUGCCAAAAUGGGGCGAGCUGUAGCCCUGACGACGGCAGGUGUAACUGCACGGCCGGCUGGUACGGAUCGAACUGCGACGGAGCCUGUCCCAAAAGCCGGUACGGUUGGCGGUGCCGGCAGGUUUGCAGCUGUAAAAACAACGCCACCUGUCACCACGUGGACGGCAGCUGUGCGUGUGUGCCACCGUGGGGAGGGAGGAACUGUGACAAACUUCACGUCACUCAGACUUCAUCGCUGAUCGAAAUCCUUGUUCCUCUGAGCUCCAUACUCCUAGUUGUUACCGUGGUAGCAAUCGUGCUCUACAAUACGGGAUGUUUCGUGAAAACAGAAGACCACGAAGCCGAAGUUCUCCGUGAGCUCAGGCGUGUGGAGGAGGAUCUAGCACAGAGACUACAGCCGGGCUGGCUCAGACGUUGGGAGAAGAACAUCCGCCAUCUUACUCCAGGUGACCUAAUAGGGGAAGGAAUGUUUGGGCGGGUGAUUCAAGCGCAACUUCGCACACCUGAAGGGGAUAUCACCGUGGCCGCCAAGACUGUCUGUUCGGAAGAUUCACAGACCUACCGAGACUUUUACCGAGAAGCUGCCAUAUUGGUUGUCGUGCAUGAAGAUAAUGACCACGACGUUCGCAGAUCAAACAUUGUCCAACUCUUAGGGAUGAUCACCAAGUCUAAAGAAAAGUAUAUUCUUCUAGAGUACUCACCAACAGGAGACCUCUUGUGGGUCCUUCGGCAGUUUAGAGAGGGCGAUGGGGACGACAAGGCUGACAUUCUUGAUCGUUUUCUACGAUACGCAGCGCACGUGGCACGAGCGCUAGGAGAACUGGAACGUCUGCGCAUCGUACAUCGUGACGUGGCCGCUCGGAAUGUCCUGAUCACGGUGGACGAUGUGGCCAAGCUAGCCGACUUCGGUCUGGCACGAGACGUGUACACCGCCACUGAUUACGUCUCUACGACUCAUGACGGAUGUCACAAACUCCUUCCGCUGAAGUGGAUGGCGCUGGAGUCCAUCGAGACCGGCGAGUACACCUGUCAGAGUGACGUCUGGUCCUUUGGCGUGCUGCUGUGGGAGAUCGCCACGCUGGGGAAAGAUCCGUGCUAUGAUGACAGGGUUCAAUUAGGAUUUCUUGAGUUGCUACAGAUGAAAGGAGGAUGCACGCAGAAGUCACCAUCGACCACGAUGACAACCAAGUAG